AUGCUCGUCGAAACAUCAAAUCCCAGAGACUCUUAUUACUCCUCGCUGUUUGAUGAAUACAUGGCAAGUUCUCCACGUGACCCCAAUCCACAGAGUCCAACGUGGAAUCAUGUUACAAAUUCUGUUAGGAGACGUCCGUCAUUAAACCUGCAUCCUCGUAAUGGAAGCAUAAGCAGUCUUAAGCGGCAACCCUCUUUUGAUUGUCCUUCACCAGCGCCUUCCACAGUCUUUACGCCAUCCAAUCGGUCAAGCCAACUUGCCUCGAUGUUUAAUUAUACCGCUUCUGGACAUUUUCCACAAAGUCCAGGAUACAUACUUUCUUAUUAUAGUUCAUAUAACAAUACUGGAAGAGAUAGUAUCGGUAGUAAUGAAGAAAGACCCAGUGGUCUGACAGUGCCUCAACAGCUCCGAAAAGAAGGCGAAAGCCGGCCUUCAUCACCAUCUAGUAUUUGUGAAGAUCAACCACAUGAUGGUCAUACAAGGCUGUCUUCUUCAAGUAGUUAUGAGGAUGUAAAUAAUGUAUCAAAAGUGGCCCCCUCAAAACGUACCUCUUCACUAAAGGAAUCAGCCAAUUUAAGAAGAAACUCCGUAAAACAGCAAGAUCAAGAUAGAGAUCGAUAUGGUUUCAGAAGAUCUUACCAAUGGAUAACACAUAAAGAGUAUUCCGAAUUUGAGUCAUCUUAUAAUGUAGUGUUACAACGUCGUAAGUUAAAAUGGGAAGCUGUGUUGAAUGAAAAUGGUGGACAGAUUCCUGGCAAAACUUCAAAAAUGAAAAGAUAUGUUCGCAAAGGUAUUCCACCAUCACUACGAGGAAGAGUUUGGUUUCAUUAUAGUGGUGCCGAAACAAAAAUGAGAGAUCACGCGGACCUAUACCGACAGCUCUUACUAAAAGCACAAGAUCCCCGACUAGAAAACGAACAUCUUGAGGUGAUUGAAAGAGACCUUCAUCGAACGUUUCCUGAAAAUAUAAAAUUCAAGGCUACCGUGACAACAGACGAUAGCAAUUCAUCAACUAUUUCUACUGACAAUGUACCAAUUAUUCAAUCACUUCGUCGAGUACUCACUGCCUUUUCCUUAUACUCUCCAAAUAUUGGCUAUUGUCAAUCACUAAAUUAUAUUGCUGGUAUCCUCUUGCUCUUCAUGGAAGAGGAAAAGGCAUUUUGGACAUUAGUAACUAUAAUUCAUGAUUAUUUGCCUGAGAACAUGUAUGAUGUUACCAUGGAAGGUGCCAACGUUGACCAGGCUGUAUUGAUGAUGUUUAUCAUGGAAAAGAUGCCUAAUAUUUGGGGUAAACUGAGUAGUGGGUUCGGAUGGGAUGUAGAGAAAUUGGAUGGAAACAUGCCAACCAUCACCCUUGUAACAAGUCAUUGGUUCCUGACACUUUUUAUCAAUAUUCUACCAAUUGAG